CCGGAUCUCCUCAAUUUCAAGAAGGGAUGGAUGUCCAUCCUGGACAAGCCAGGAGAGUGGAAGAAACAUUGGUUUGUGCUGACCGACUCGAGCCUGAGGUAUUACCGGGACUCGAACGCAGAGGAGGCUGAUGACCUCGAUGGAGAAAUCGACCUCCGCUCCUGCACAGACGUGACAGAGUUUGCGGUGCAGCGCAACUACGGCUUCCAGAUACACACAAAGGAUGCUGUCUUCACCCUGUCAGCAAUGACCUCAGGCAUCCGGCGCAACUGGAUCGAGGCCCUGAGGAAGAAUGUGCGCCCAGUCAGUGCUCCAGAUGUCACCAAGCUCUCUGACUGCGAUAAGGAGAACUUCCGUAACUGUGUGCCCCAGAAGGGCUCGCUCCGGACAGAGGAGCAGCAGCGGCCGGGCUCUGGCUCCGAGGGGGACUCAAAAGGCAGCAAGGAUGGGCAGCGCCAUGCCUUUGACUAUGUGGAGCUGUCUCCCUUGCCACAGGACCCCGGGAAUCAGGGGUCCCCACAGAGGACAAGAGGGAGCUUGAGGAUCUCUGACCGAACUCCCAAGCAUGAGGAGCUGGAGCGGGAUCUGGCUGUCCGUUCGGAGGAGAGGCGGAAAUGGUUUGAGGCCCCUGAUGUCAGAGUCCCAAACAGUGAUGGCCCAGGGGGAGACUCUUCCCGCAAGGUGGGGGAGCUGGACCUCCCCACUCCCCCACUUUCGGAGGACCAGAAGAUUCGGCUGAGUGAGGAGAUAGAGAAGAAGUGGCUGGAGCUGGAAAGCAAGGGGGGCCACGGAGACACCAAUGAGGCACUGAAAAAGGAGGUCCAGUCACUGAGGGCGCAGCUGGAAUCCUGCCGGGCUCGGAAUGAGAGCCUUCGGGAGGCAGCAAAAUCCCAGGGAGAAGGCCACGUGCCCCGGGGUUACAUCUCACAGGAGGCCUGCGAGCGCAGCCUGGCUGCGAUGGAGUCAUCCCACCAACAAGUGAUGGAGGAGCUCCAGCGGCAUCACCAGCGGGAGCUGGAGCGGCUGCGGCAGGAGAAGGAGCGGCUCCUGGCAGAGGAGGCAGCGGCAACAGCAGCAGCCAUCGAGGCACUGAAGAAAGCCCACCGGGAGGAGAUGAAUAAGGAGCUGUGCAGGACACGAAGCUUCCAGCAAUGCAGCUCAGUCUCAGAUGCCCUCCAGAAGCAGCACCAGUUGGACGUGGAAUCCCUGAAGCGGGAGCUGCAGGUGCUCUCUGAGCAGUAUUCCCAAAAGUGCCUGGAAAUUGGGGAGCUCACCCAGAAGGCAGAGGAGCGGGAGCAGACGCUGCAGCACUGUCAGCAGGAGGGGAAGGAGCUCCUCCGGAAAAACCAGGAGCUGCAGACCCGCCUCUCGGAUGAGAUCGGGAAGCUGCGAAGCUUCAUUUCCUCACGGAACUCUGGGGACCGCUCUCCGAACAACAAUGAGCGGAGCUCCUGCGAGCUGGAGGUGCUGCUGCGGGUGAAGGAGAAUGAGCUCCAGUACCUAAAGAAAGAGGUGCAGUGCCUCCGGGAGGAGCUGCAGAUGAUGCAAAAGGAUAAGAGAUUUGCCUCAGGGAAAUACCAAGACGUCUAUGCAGAGCUGAAUCACAUCAAGGUGCGCUCGGAGAGAGAGAUCGAGCAGCUGAAGGAGCACUUGCGCUUGGCCAUGGCAGCUCUGCAGGAGAAGGAGUCACUGCGCAACAGCGUUGGCGAGUAA